UAAAACGGUGAAAGAAAUAAGUGUAAUUAAGAGCCUUAUUUUGGAUUCAAAAACUAAUCAAGAUCAAAUCCAAGAGGCGAUUGAUAUUCAAAAUCAGCCACUUAAACUCGCUGAUUUUAAAGAAGCUGACGAAAUACGUGGAAAAAAAGUCAAGAAACAUAUUCACCUAAUUGAUAGUGAAGCUGUUGCUUUCAAACUUGUAGCUGAUGAAUCAGAUACUACUGCGGUCAAGAAUGAUAUACGUAGUCAUGUCGCUAUUCUUAUGAAACUUAAGGAUUGCCAUCAAAUAAUUCAAUUUUAUGGUCUUGUUUCUGAUGGCGAGAGACGUUAUUUAGUGUCUGAAUGGGCUGAACUUGGUAACUUACGAGAAUUUUAUGAAAAGUAUGGUGGUCCUAUUGACACUAGGAUAAAAAUAAAUAUUGCGGUUGACAUUGCUCGUGGUUUAAACUUUUUACGAGCCGUAGAGAUAGUUCAUCGCGAUAUUCGACCUGAAAAUAUCUUGAUAAAAGCGAAUGAAACUGCCAAAAUUGCCAACUUUUCACUUAGUAGACACUUUAGAGAUGAAACAAGGAGAUUGGCUGUGUCAUUACAAACUGUUCGUUACUCUGCUCCUGAAAUGUUAUACAGAAAUACAAACAAAUAUAAUACUAAAUGUGAAGUUUACAGCUUUGGCAUCCUUUUAUGGGAAUUAGCUGAGCAAAAAGUUCCAUAUAAGCACCUUGAUGACAUUAUGGAAAUUAAAAACCGUGUAGAUAAAGAAAAAUAUCGUGAACAAUUUACACCUUUUUCUAAUUUGCCAAAGGAAUAUAAGGACAUUUCCAUUAAAGAUCCAGAUUUUAGGCCAACUAUAACAGAAAUGUUCAAAACACUUAAAAAACUUCAGGAAAAUUUACUUUCGCAUAGGCCUGUGACUCCUAUAAAUGUACCCA